CCUAUAAAUAAAGAAAUAAUUUAAUAGAACGUAAAACACAGUAACAAUGAUGUUCAUAUGUUUGUGGUGCAUUUUCAUCAUACAUGUUUUCUUUGCGAAAUCUUUUACAGAAGAAGAUUGUGAUAAUCCAUUUAAAAAAAUUCGCUGGUGCAAUCUAGGAAACAGAACGUACUAUUGGUAUAGUGUCACAAAUGAGUGCAAAUUGCAGCUGUGGUGGGGUUGCGGACAAUUCAAAACUUUGGAAGAAUGUAGGACAGUGGCCAUACCAAUAUGCACCGAAUAAACAAAUCUGAAAUAUAGUCAGUUUUUUACUGUUAA